UAGUUUUUUCCCUUUUUAUAUGGCUGGACAGUGAUUACAUGUUUGCAGUUUGGGGCUCUUAACAAAAUUUUCCAAACCCUCUCGGCUCUCUGUUUCUCUGGAUCUUCCCAGCAGCUUACUUUCCCUUGACUUUUUUUUUUGUCCAGUUGUGUGACGUGUGAGUGGAGUUCCUGCCCUUGUUCCAUGCAAUAUAGUUUAGAGGGAAGGAGAGGGAGUCACGGAGAGGCGGACAUGUACUUGACAUGUCAAAGGGAAGUUUAAUUGAAGGUAUAAACAAGAGGUGCUGUUUGUGUUUUGGCCAAAGUGUGUAUCGUUUGUCCUCACAGGGGAGCCAGACGAGGAGGAAGAAAGACGUGGAGAAAGAGACUAAAGCUGAGAGAAAGUGCGAAAGUAACUGACGUGGGGCGGGGGGAGAAGAAGAUAAGUUGCCUAAUUCUGUCGCCCACUGGCAAAGGUGGAUGACAAGUUACAGUUGAGGAGUCUGUCACGGGAGGAGGAGCACCUGGGGGGGACCACCAAUUCAGCCUUCUUCUUCCAACAACAGGACAGGAUGAGGUACCAAGGCAGGGAGGUGGAUGUUGAAGGAAGAGUGCGCCUGGUGAUGGAGAGCGCCCUGACUGCCCGGGACAGGGUCGGGGUACAGGACUUUGUCUUGCUGGAAAACUACAACAGUGAGGCAGCCUUCAUAGAGAACCUACGGAGACGCUUCGGAGAAAAUCUCAUCUAUACGUAUAUUGGCUCAGUGUUGGUGUCGGUGAACCCUUACAAAGAGCUGGAGAUUUACUCCAAGCAGCAGAUGGAACGCUACAGAGGGGUCAGCUUCUAUGAGAUAUCGCCGCACAUCUACGCCGUGUCAGACAACACUUACCGGGCCAUGCGGACCGAAAGGAAGGACCAGUGUAUUCUGAUAUCAGGUGAGAGUGGAGCAGGUAAAACAGAGGCGUCCAAGAAGAUCCUUCUCUACUACGCUGUCACCUGCCCCACUAAUGAUCACAUGGCUACCCUUGGUGACCGCCUACUGCAGUCAAACCCUGUUCUGGAGGCAUUUGGCAACGCUAAAACACUUAGGAAUGACAACUCCAGCCGCUUUGGAAAAUACAUGGAUGUCCAGUUUGACUUUAGGGGGGCACCAGUGGGUGGUCACAUCCUGAACUACCUGCUGGAGAAAUCCCGUGUAGUGCACCAGAACCACGGUGAGAGGAACUUCCACAUCUUCUAUCAGCUUCUGGAUGGAGGAGACAACGACCUACUUACCACGCUGGACCUGGAAAGAAACCCUCAGAACUACCAUUAUCUGGUAAAGGGCAACUGUCCCAGACUCAGCUCCGUCAGUGACAAGAACAAUUGGAAAGUUGUGAUGAAGGCCCUGUCUGUUAUUGGCUUCACCGAGGAAGAAGUGCAGAAAUUGCUGAAUAUCAUCGCCAGUGUUCUCCAUCUGGGUAACACUCAGUUUGGGGAAGGAGAGGAAGGAGAAACUUAUAUCACCACUGAGACUCAGAUAACUAAUCUUGCGAAGCUGAUGGGUGUUGAUGGCUCAGCCCUCGGGGAGGCACUCACUCACAAGAAGCUCACUGCCAAAGGAGAGGAGAUGAUCAGCCCACUAGAUUUUGAGCAGGCAGUGUCUGCCCGUGAUGCCUUAGCCAAGGCCGUGUAUGGCCGGACAUUCACUUGGUUGGUGGAGAAGAUCAAUCAGUCGCUGGCUCUCAAGGAUGAAAUCUACCACAGCGGUAAGGGCUGCUCAGUUAUAGGGCUUCUUGAUAUCUAUGGCUUUGAGGUCCUACAGCACAAUAGUUUUGAGCAGUUCUGCAUCAACUAUUGCAACGAGAAGCUCCAGCAGCUGUUUAUUGAGCUCACCCUGAGAUCUGAGCAGGAGGAGUAUGAGACAGAAGGAAUUGCAGUGAUAUGUACAAAUGGCUUUAGGUAUAAGCCCCUGUGUCCUGAGACGUGGCCCAAUUGGCAUGGCAGACUGGCAGAUGGUGUCUCGGCACUGGUCAACCACCUAGGCUACAAAGCAGAGGAGUACAAACUGGGCAGGUCAAAAAUCUUCAUCCGUUUCCCAAAAACUCUCUUCACCACUGAGGAUGCACUUGAAGCAAAAAAACCGGAUAUAGCUUUGACCCUACAGACGUCAUGGAGAGGCUACAGGGAGAGAGCCAAGUACCAACGCAUCAGACGUGCAGUGAUUGUGAUCCAGUCUGGGUGGCGAGGGAUGAAAGCACGCAGGAGGGCUAAGAGGCGUCGACAGGCUGCUGAGUUAAUACGCAGGUUUAUAAAGGGCUUCAUCUACCGCCAUGAGGAAUACUGCCCUGAGAAUGAGUAUUUCCUGGAUCAUGUGCGCUACUCCUUCCUCAAGAAUCUACGUAAAAACCUGCCCAAGAGCGUUUUGGACAAGAACUGGCCGACACCUCCUCCCUCCCUCAUUGAGGCCUCUGAGCAUCUGCGGAGGAUGCACAUGAGAAACAUGGUCAUGAAGUAUUGCAGGAGGGUCCAACCUGAAUGGAAGAAGCAGAUGAUGCAGAAGGUUGUAGCCAGUGAGAUCUUCAAGGAUCAGAAAGACAGCUACCCUCAGGGUGUUGGAAGGCUGUUUUUGGACUCCAGGCUGGAACGUGAGCAAAUCAAUCUCAAAGUCAUCCAGACCCUCGCCAAUGACAAAGUGCAGUACGGUGUUUCAGUCGUAAAGCAUGACAGGAGGGGUUUCAAGCCUCGCUCUCGCCAGCUGCUCCUCACUAACACCUUUGCUGUGCUGGUGGACCGGACCAAGCUCAAACAGAGGAUUGACUACACCGCUCUGAGAGGUAUCUCUGUGAGCUCCCUCAGCGAUGGGAUGUUUGUUCUGCACCUGCCCAAUGAGGACAAUAAGCAGAAGGGCGAUUUGGUCCUACACUGCAACCAUGUGAUCGAGCUGGUGACAAAACUAGCCAUGAUGGCCAGCAAAGUCAACUACGUCAACAUCAGCCCGGGCAGUAUUAGGUUUGCUAUGGCUCGAGGCAAAGAGGGAAUCAUUGAUUUCGUCAGGGGUUCAGAGCUAAAGGUUACCAAAGGCAAGCGAGGACAUCUGCUAGUGACUGCCCCGCGGAUCAACUCCACAUGAAGAAACCGAAAAACAGCAACCAGACAAACGGUAAUCCUUUUAGCUAACUGGAGGAUUGCCACUCAGAAGUUGUGUUAGUUUGUAGUUUGACACAAUGCUUCCACAAGCACACAUGACAUACUCAACUGAAGGAAGAUCCCUUAUUAAUUCUUAUGCAUCAUCAUUAUUACAAGAAUGUAUUUAAUGUUGCAGUAAUGACUGAUCCUUUUUUUUUUAAUGAGUAGAAAAUCAUAACAUGAAGUCGUCACUGUUUUAAAUGCUUCAUCGCUUUAUUGACAGUCAUAUAUAAAUAUAUUUUCACUUGUAUCAAAUAUAAUAAUGUUAAACACUGUAUCUCUAUAUU